GAGGCUUUGCCACGUUCUCGUCCUGCUUCCCAGGGCUGUGCGAGGGGAAGCCAGCUGCCAUCCUGCCGAUGAGCAUCUCCCAGCCAUGCUUGCCGGUGGCCAAUGUUGGCCCCACACGCAUCCUGCCGCAUCUCUACCUGGGCUCCCAGAAAGAUGUCCUAAACAAGGACUUGAUGACACAGAAUGGGAUAAGCUAUGUCCUCAAUGCCAGCAACUCCUGUCCCAAGCCAGACUUCAUCUGUGACAGUCACUUCAUGCGCAUUCCUGUCAAUGACAACUACUGUGAGAAGCUGCUUCCCUGGCUGGACAAGUCCAUUGAAUUCAUUGACAAGGCCAAGGUGUCGAGCUGCCAGGUGAUUGUGCACUGCUUGGCUGGCAUCUCCCGGUCGGCCACCAUCGCCAUUGCCUACAUCAUGAAGACCAUGGGUAUGUCGUCAGAUGAUGCUUACAGGUUCGUUAAGGACCGUCGCCCGUCCAUCUCGCCCAACUUCAACUUCCUGGGCCAGCUCCUGGAGUAUGAGAGGAGCCUGAAGCUCCUCAAGGCCCUGAAGUCGAAGGGUGACCGGGGCGAGGGGGAUGCCCAGCAGGAUCCAGCAGAGACGGCUGAGAGCAGCCGGCACCCCCCACCACCUACCUCAGAGAAGGCCGAGGAGGUGCCGAGAGGCGCCG